AUUUAUUUUCCUAUAAUGGAAGAAUAUGAUUAUGUUGUAAUUUCAGAAGAGUUUCAUUUUGUUUCAUCUCAGUUGACUAACCUAUCGAAAAUGUUUUUUAUGUUAUAUUUCAUAAAUUUAUUAACUUGGUGUAUAGCACAAAGACAAAAUUUCCUUUUAAUAAUCGUUGACGAUUUAAGGACUACUUUAGGAUGCUAUGGUGAUUCAAAAGCUUAUACACCAAACAUUGAUCAGUUAGCAAAAAAGAGUGUCAUUUUUUCGCAAGCAUUUGCACAGCAAGCUCUAUGUGCACCAAGCAGAAAUUCAUUUUUAACAAGUAGAAGACCAGACACACUUCAACUGUAUGACUUUUACAGUUAUUGGAGAACAGAUAUUGGCAAUUUUACAACAUUGCCACAACAUCUCAAGAAUAAUGGAUAUAUUACCAAAUCAAUAGGAAAAGUUUUUCAUCCAGGUAUUAGUUCAAAUAAUUCUGAUGACAGUCCUUAUUCUUGGACAGAAACCCCCUUUCAUCCAUUCACAGAAAAAUAUAAAAAUGCUCCAGUAUGUCAAGCAAAUAUACAAAUACCACCUGCCCAAAAUCUUAUGUGUCCAGUUAAAGUUUCAUCAAUGCCAAAUAAAACAUUGCCAGAUAUAGAAAUAUUGAAUGAAGCUAAAAAUUUCAUAUUAAAUCAAGCUGGUAAUACUAAACCAUUUUUCUUGGCAGUUGGCUUUCAAAAACCACAUAUACCAUUUAAAUAUCCUAAAAAAUAUCUAAAGUACCAUCCAUUGCAUAAGUUUGAGGUACCUAAUCCAUAUAGAUGGCCAGAAAAUGUUAGUAGUGUAGCUUACAAUCCAUGGAAUGAUUUGAGAAAAAGAAGAGAUGUUGAAACUUUAAAUCUUAAAUUUCCAUGGGAAAAAAUACCAAAAAGUUUUGCUAAGUUGAUUAUUCAAUCCUACUAUGCUUCUGUAACUUAUAUUGAUAAUUUGAUUGGACAAUUAAUGAAUCAAUUGAAAUUUUCAUCCAUUGAACAUAAUACUACCAUAAUAUUAAUGUCAGAUCAUGGGUGGUCUCUAGGAGAACAUGCAAUUUGGGCAAAGUAUAGCAAUUAUGACGUCGCCCUCAGGGUACCUUUAAUAAUGUCAAUACCAGGACUUACAUUCAAAGAAAGUAAAGAAAAUAAUGCAGUUAAAAUUACAAAUCAAAUAAAUACAAUAAAAUAUUUAUUAAACCGUAGACAAAUUGACAAUGCUAAACUAACAAAUGGAUAUCCAAAAAAUAUAUUAUACAGCAUGAAAAAAUAUAUCGAGAGUCGAAAAAGAAUGUAUAUUUUGAAAACAUAUUUUGCAUAUUCAAGAGAGAUUACGCAAUUUUAUAAAAAACAGAUUUUUAACGUUACGAAUGCAACAAAUUUAUCAAAACAGUAUGAUACAUUCAAUCCAUCCAAGAAUCAGAUAAUUAUAAAUUCGUUAGUAGAACUAGUUGACAUAUUUCCAACCAUCGCAGAUUUAGCAAACUCUUCAAUACCUAUUUGUACAAAUAAUCCCCAUAUAGAAAUUGUCUGUAGUGAAGGUAUCACUCUUAUGCCACUUAUAAAAGCUGCUUUAAAACAGAAGCCGAUAUUAUGGAAGAAAGCAGUAUUUGGACAAUAUCCGAGACCAGGUAUUAAACCUUCCAUGCAUCCAAAUAGUGAUGAACCGCGUUUUAAAGAAAUUAAAGUGAUGGGAUAUACUCUAAGAACAAAUAGAUAUCGUUAUACAUCUUGGUUACAAUUUAAACCUGAAGCAAGAAUACCAGACUGGAAUCAUAGCAUUGCAGAAGAAUUGUAUGAUCACGAUGUAGACAAUAAUGAAAUUCAGAACUUAGCGGUUUUUGAAACAUAUGUUAAGGUAAAAGAGGAGUUGAGAAAUUUAUUGCAGCAUGGUUGGAGAAAUGCUUUACCAGGUACAUUUAUCAAAUAAUUUGCAGAAAUAUUUAGUAUAUAGUCUUACUAAGAAUGCAAAUUUAUUAAACAAAGAUUACUAUCAUUAUCUAA